AUGGGUAGAAGUCGUCUAAAGAACAGCAAACUGGACAGGACGGUCUACAGAAGACACCCAGUCCAGAGCGUCCUUCCAAGCUACCCAGUGGUCCUGAGCAACCCCCUGAUCUGCCAACAACCGCUCUGGACAGAAUCUGUAUUGGCUUCAUCUUCCUCUUCUCCAUGUUUAUAUACCUGUCCACUGUUUACCCUUCACUUCCUGGUGGUGACUCGGAGAGCUUAUGGUAACAGCUAAAGAGUUUGGAGUAGCUCACCCUCCUGGUUACCCUCUCUUUACAAUACUAGCUAAACUAGCGAUAUUGGCUCUGCCAUACGGGUCUACUGCAUUCCGUGUGAACAUCUUAUCUUGUGUCUUGGGUAGCAUAACAAAUGCGCUACUAGGAGCCUGCCUGUUAAGAGCCACUAAGAAUGUGACUGUUGCUCUUAUAAUAUGUGCCAUGACGGGGUUUUCUAGAUUCUUCUGGAUAUGGAGCAUUACAGGUGAGGUAUUCUCGCUCAACAAUGCCCUGUGCAUGGCUAUAAUGUUGGUAAUGUACGACUUCUGCAUUGAGGAGGAUUCAGAGAAGAAGCUUAAGCUGACAUACAUUCUAGCAAUACUGAGCGGGUUUGCGUUAACCAAUCAGCACACAGCAUCUCUUAUCGUUAUUGCUCUUGUAUGCUUUGUAUUGUCGGAUCUGCUUGAUCAUGAGCUGAUCACUACACAGAAUGUAAUCAACCUGACUAUCGCUGGGUUAUCCCCGAUGAUUCUGUACCUACAGUUACCGAUUGCGAGUUAUCUGAGAACAGCGCGGGUAUCCUGGGGUGAUCACCGAACUACGGAGGGUUUCCUGUUCCAUUUCUUCAGAAAGGACUAUGGCACACUCAAAUUGGUUAAGAAUGAAGCGGAUGUUGACAUUUGGAGGAACUAUUCUAUCCUAACAGUUGAUCUUAUGAGAGAGUUGACCAUACCAGUUCUACUACUCGCUCUCUUCGCAACUACAGCAAUGAUAUGGCGGGAGCACGACAGGAAGUUUGUAUGUUUCCUUAAAACCACGUUUGUCCUUUACACUGGUUUCUUCUGCUCCUUCGCUAAUAUCACUGACAUUGAGGGUAUCUACAAAGGAGUGUUGGAGCGGUUUUGGUUGCAGCCCUCUCUGUCCCUGGUACUGAUGGCGGGUAUUGGACUUCAGGAGCUCAUACGACUCGCCAAGAUCAGGAAGACUAUCAUGAUGCCUGUUGCUUUUCUUAUUCUGGCUGCUAGAAUCCACAGCAACUACGGUCUGUGUGACCAAAGUGGGAAUUAUCACGUGGAGGAGUUUGGCCGACACGUGUUAUCUCAACUUCCUAACAACACAAUACUGCUAACUAGUGGCGACCUCAGUACUAACACUUUCAGAUACCUAACGAUAGCGGAGAACGUAAGACCAGAUGUGGAUGUGUUGGAUCUAUCCUUUAUCGGAUCUAGAUGGUUUAUACCUAUCUUGGGACACCACAUGGACACUGUAAAAUUCCCCGGUAUCGGGUACUCGCCUCAAGCGACGUGGAACAGUCGUCUCUACGACUUAGAACAGUUUUUAGACCACAAUCUCGCUUCCAGACCCGUCUUUGUGUGUUUAAAACCCCGGAGUAUAGACACUGUUUCUCUGCGAAAAUACAACGUUCUACCGUACUCCUUCUGUAGUCAGUUUUUACCUAAAGGAGCAGUAGACCCGCUGAUAUACGGUAAGACGAUCCCAACUCCUAACCUAGAUACGUAUCUACCUCCCAGAACGGAAAUAUUCGGGGAACAAACCUGGGAGAACGUGCUUAUACAUGAGUACUGGGAUGCGCUGGUAAAACCAGGGAGGUACCUAUGGGAUGCUGGAGAGAACACGCGGCACGUGGACAAGAAGAAACAGCUUUAUCUGGCAGCUUACGAGUACCUGUUCCGAGCUAAAGAAGUUAUCUCAACUAAAAUUAACGACGGAUCUAUCAGCCCCCUGUCAUGGAACCACACCUCCUAUUUCAGCAAGUACCUAGGAGUACAGUGCAGGCAGCUGUGGGUCCACACCACUGGACGGAGCACUGGAGGUCUGGGAGCCAAGUACGAGGAGUGCCAGAGAAAGCACUUUACUGAUUACAUCGAGAGUGCUGCCAACCUUACCAGGAAAAUUGACAAAGAUUUCGACAACAUUGUUAUGCUGCUUCAAAAUCCAGGGAUGUAAAUGGUAUGUACAUUGUAAAUUGUACAUUUACAUUGUACGUGGACGACAUCCUUCUACCUGUUCACGGUUAACAGCGUAUCUCUAUCACAAUCAAUAUAUUUCAAAUACUUGGAGUGUAAUUUAUGCUCCAUGCUAUGACCCUACGUGCAAAUUUUCAUUGAAUUUUUGUGAAGUUUUCAAUUUUUAAGUUGACUAUAAUUUUUAAGUUAAACUAUAAUUUUAAUAUUCGCAAAUUGAAAUGACACUGUCGUAGUCUGACCAGGUUUUUAUCUGUUUUUAUUUAGUUAUUUUAGCAGUUGUUCUUGCAUGCUGUAGUAAGUUAUUGAAACAAUGUUCAUUUUCCAAUUCAAAUUGUUUUAUUUUAUUGUUAUUUAUUGGUUAUUUAUGAAAUUAAGGUCCUUAUCUUGUUUUCCAUAUUAUCAGAAUUCGAAUUUUUAAUUUUUUGGCUCAACUAUUCCUUUAUUGGCAAACCUUAAUUCUUUGAAAAUAUGGAAUGUCUAUUUGAACGUUAUUAUGAAUUUAUUGUUGAACUGGUCGACUGUUUGUUUUCUCUCUAUGUUUAAUUGUUAUUAAUCAAACUAUUUAUGCGGUAUGCAAGCUACAGUAAAUUGUUGUGAAUUCAAAAUUAUUUGAGCUGGUAUGUAGCGUAAUUGAUUAUGUUCUGAUGUGGAAAAUUUCCAUUUACUUUAUUCUUUUCGGAAAAUACAGAAAUUCAUACAAAUGAUAUGAAUAUACUGAGAAACUUACUUUAUAGGGGUGUAAACAGAAUGAUUAGGAAAUACAACUUAUAGAAGCUCUUCUCUCAUGUCAAAUCUUUGCUAUUAGUAAUGCAAUAUGUAUCCAGCAUUUUUAGUUUUAUUUGAUUCAAGCUGUUCGAAUGGUUGUGUUUAUUUUAUUCUUGUGUAUUCUUGUAAAAAUAAAGCGACUCAAGCGUAUUUUGUAACAGUGCACCCCACACAGUCUUGAUGAAUCUUAUCAGUCAUUGUUUUGUGAAUACCUUUAUUGCU